CCCCAAAGCUCUGUCAGGAGGAUGGAAAACCUCUGGUAAGGGCUAGAGGGCAGAUGCAUCCCCAAUCCACAGCCAUGGGUGUCCCCAUUUGCUGGGUGUGGUAGGAAGCAAAGCCUCUGAGGCCUCCAACAUCUACAGAAACCUUCCUGCACCAGUUCAUCUGGAGCCUCACAUGGGAGCCAGGGACCAGGAAGCAGAGGACAGAAAGGAGAACUAAGCAAGAGGAAAUUCUACCUUCUAGAAGGGACGGCUCCUUCUUCCCUCUCGGCCCUGGUGUGGGUACAAGUGGUAGCUGAGCUGAAGAAAUGAUCCCCAGAGGAAUAAGAUUGUGGCUGCCUUCAGCUCUGCUCCUCUCUCAGGUCCCAGGCUGCUCCACUGUUAAGGAUCCAGUCACAGGUCCAGCGAAGGUGAGCGGCCAUGAGCGGGGCUCCUUGACAGUGCAGUGCCAAUAUACCUCAGGCUAUAAGGAUUACAGGAAGUACUGGUGCCAAGGAGAUUAUUGGAGAUCAUGUAAGUUUCUUAUUGGAACCAAUACAACAGAGCAGGUGGUGAAGAAGAACCGUGUGUCCAUCAGGGAUGACCAGACAGACUUCAUCUUCACGGUGACCAUGGAGGAUCUGAGGAUGAGCGAUGCUGGCAUUUACUGGUGUGGAAUUAUGAGACCUGGACGUGAUCCCGUGUUUCAAGUUAAUGUGAAUAUUGACCCAGCUCCAGAAAAAACUGGCAAGGAACAAGUGACUCUGAGCAAACAAGCGACUCCGAGGGACCCCCACACCAGGUCCCCGCUGAGCAGCAUCUACUUCCUGCUGAUGGUCUUUGUGGAGUUACCCCUGGUCCUGAGCAUGCUCAGUGCUGUCCUCUGGGUGAACAGGCCUCAGAGAUGCUUUGGGGGAGGUGAAGUUGGCCUGGGGAAGGCCCAUAGUUCUGUUGCCUAGGACAGAGUGAAACACUUCCCAGGAGAUGGAAAAUAAUCCCUGUCUCUCUCUCUCUCUUCCUCGUGUGUGUGUGUGUGUGUGUGUGUGUGUGUGUUGUGUGGUGUGGGGUGAGCAGAUAUGUGGGUGGAGGAAGGCACCUCAGGUAUCAUUCCAUUAUUGUUUGAGACAGGGUUUCUCAUUGACCUAGAUCUUUGUCAAAUAGGCCAGAUAGCUGGCCAGAGAAUUCCAGGGAAUUCCUGCCUCCACCCCCCAUUCUGCCAUUACAAGCACACACAACUGAUCUCACAUAAAAACAAACAAACACCUUAGAUUGUAGGGAUUGAACCUAGGUCCUUUUACUUGCAAGGAAGACAAGCACUUUAUCAAACAAACCAUGUACCCAGUCUGGAAAAGACUGGUUCUAUUAAGGAACGACUGGUCAGCAGCACCAUGGCUUUGAGGUGCUGUGGGCCCUGACAAAGACUAAUCUCAUUCCUAUAGCGGCAACAGCUGAGUUCUAGAACCCAUUCAUGUCCCCCUCUCUCAGAACACCCCACAGUGCCUACCUGGGCCUUCCUUCCACUGACAGCUUCCAGGGAACUAGAAAAUACAAGAAAAAGUCAUGUUUCUUUGUAGGACUCCACUUCCUUAGUGGACAUGUGCCAAUACAAGUCUGUGGGCCACCAACCAGGUGUUUGACUAACUAUCUGGGAAAUGUGGCCUCACUAAGUGGCAAAACAGUUUGCCACUGUCAUACUGGAUGUCUGCCCCUUAUGGAAGGGACACACCCUGCUUUCUUUUUUGUCAACAUAACCCAGUAAAACUAAGCCCAUUGCAAAUACAGAUGGAAGACUUGACCUAGGCUGUGUACCACCUGCACAGGUCUCCAAGUUGUAGCUUGGUUUGGGGCUUUGAACUCUAAAUUUCCUGCACAGUGAGACUAAAUGGGGAGCUAAGCUGCAGGAAGACAGCUGGCUGCUCGGUAUGAAGAACCCACAUCACUCUAUGACCCCUCCAGGGACGGUCUCUUCACCCAGCAGAGACCUGUGACAAAUAAAAAUCCACAUUGUUUCUUUGGAAAGAUGUCAGGCAGUGUAAAGAAAUAACAGAAAUAUCUAUGA